GAGACUACAGGCAUGCACCACUGUGCCCGGCUUCAACUGGGCAAUUCUUGAUAAGACCAGAUUGAUAUUCUGAAACUACUUGAAACUAAGAAUUUCUUAAAUCUUUAUUUAUUUGAUUUUUUAAAAAAAGUAUUUAGUUCUCCACUUCUACUCUUUACUUUGAAGGAUUUGAAUACAGGAGGGCCAUAUCUAUCUUGUUUCUCUUGUAUCCAUAGCAUCUAGCACAAGUAGAUUUUAAAUGAAUGGACAAGAUACUGUGGUCAAAUGCAGAUAUUGAAUGGUUAAUGCCUGGAGUGGAUUUAAGUUCUCAAAGAUAUUAAAGCAUCUUUAAAAAGUUGAGACUUUAUUUUGAGUGUUUCACCUGGCAGGUGUUUUGUGGAUUAACUCUUCAUUGAUUAUAUACGACAAAAAAUAGUUAUGGCGACUUUCAGAAACAAUCACAUGAAGACUAAAGCAUCUAUCAGAAAAAGCUUCAGUGAAGAUGUGUUCCAGUCUGUAAAGUCUUUAUUGCAGAGUGAGAAGGAACUAUGCAGUGUAACAGCAGAGAACUGUUUACAGCAGGAUGAACAUGCCAAUUUAACUGAGGUCACAUUUCUGGGUUUUAAUGAAGAGACAGAUGCCACUCAUGUACAGGAUUUAGCUGCAGUUUCUUUGGAACUUCCAGAUCUUCUGAAUUCACUCCACUUCUGCAGUCUAAAUGAAAAUGAAAUUAUUUGUAUGAAGAAUAUAAAUAAACCAUCAGAUAUAAGCAGUGAUCCUCUAAAUCAGAGUCAUCCUUCUGGAAUGCUUUGUGUCAUGAGAGUGUCACCUACAUCACCAAAACUUAGGAUUGAUUUUAUCUUUAGUCUCCUAAGUAAAUAUGCUACUGGUAUAAGGUACACCUUGGAUACAUUCUUGCAUCAGAAGCACCAACUUGAGACCACUGAUGAAGAUGAUGAUGACACUAACCAGUCCGUGUCAUCCAUAGAGGAUGACUUUGUCACUGCUUUUGAGCACUUAGAAGAGGAAGAGACUUCAAAGCCGUAUAAUGAUGGAAUGAACAUUACUGCGCUAAGGAACCAGUGUGAUGCUGCUUCCCAGACGGUUACUGGUCAUCAUUUAGAAACCCAUGAUUUAAAGAUUCUCAUUAGCUCUGGACAGCAGAAGUCAUUAGCUAAACCCUCAACUUCCUCAGUGAAUGUCCUGGGACCUAAAGAACUACCUUCUGUGAAAACUUCAGUCACAACAUCCAUUUCAGAGCCUUGGACCCAAAGGAGUUUCUAUAGGUCAUCUAAUGCUUCAGAUAAAGAUAGUGAUUUACAGAAAACAUUUUUUUCGUCUUCUCCUGCCUACUCAUCUGAAUCAGAAUGUUCAAGUCCAAGUCCUGUUAUUUUCUUGGAUGAAGAGGGAUAUCAAAAAAGCUUAAAAGCAAAACUUGAGCUGCCUAAAAUUCCUGUGAUGAAAGAUGAUAUAGAGGAUUCAGACUCAGAAGUAAGUGAAUUUUUUGAUAGUUUUGAUCAGUUUGAUGAACUAGAACAAACUUUAGAGACUUACCUGUUUAAUAAAGAUCCUGUCAUAGGGAAGUCAUCACAGAAGAAAGGGCACAAACAUGGAAAAUCAUGUAUGAAUCCUCAAAAAUUCAAGUUUGAUCGUCCAGCUCUCCCAGCUAAUGUUAGAAAGCCAACUCCUCGUAAACCGGAAUCUCCAUAUGGUAACCUGUGUGAUGCUCCGGAUUCUCCUCGCCCAGUGAAGGCCUCGGGGGAAGAUAGUGGUUUAUUUAGUCCUAUUCGAUCCUCUGCUUUUAGUCCUCUUGGAAGCUGUACUCCAGCUGAAUGUUUUUGCCAGACAGAUAUUGGUGGAGAUAGGAUUCACGAAAAUCUUGAUUCUAUUUAUUACACCUAUGAAGAUUAUGCAAAUAACGUAUCAUGUGAAGUACUAGGCUCAGUUCUUCGUACUCAGCACACUAAUGCCCUAUCAAAUAUUAUCAGUAUUAAACAUGGAGAAAAUAAAACUGUAACUUUUAAGCAUGGAAACCUUGAUCAAAUAAAUAAAUCUAAAAAUAAAUCCAUAAUGAUUAAAGAUAGCAUUCAAAAAUUUGCAGCAGAUCUUGUGGAAAAAAGUUUUGGCAGUGCGUUUAAAGACUUACAGAAAGGAGUCUCUUCAUGUACCAAUGCGUUGUGCCACUUAGCCAUCAAAUUGACAUCAUCUGUUUUUCAGAUGGCAUUUAAUGAGCUGAGAAGGCAGCGUGCAUUUUCACUAAAAGAACGUGCCAUUAGUGGCCUGGCUAACUUUUUGGUGAGUGAAGCUUUAUCAAAUGCCUUAAAAGAUUUACAGUAUGUAAAGAAGCAGAUAUUCACAAACACAGUUGCUAGGUUUGCUGCAGAUCUUGCUGAAGAGCUUGUUUUUGAAGGCAUCAUGGAAGUGUGUCAGUUUUCGUAUCCUCAAACGCCUGCAUCUCCACGGUGUGGGUCGUUUGACUUUGAAGACAAAGUAGUGAAGUCAUAUGCAAAAGAUUUGUCUGAAUCUGUAAUACAGGAAGCGUUCAUUGAGCUGUCACAAGUUGAUGUGACCUUUACAACAAAGGCAGCAGUUAGUGUCUCUACGGAUAAUAUCAAGUAUGUGAGUGCAGAAAGUGUAGUGCCAUCGACACAGGCUGUCACGUUUUCCCCUUCUUUUCACAAUCAAGCAAUUAUGGUGACAAAACCAAUGCAGGAACAUAAAAAGGAAUACACAGUGCAGCAGGCCUUGUUUUGUACUUCUGGAAUUGUUACUUCUAUACCAGUGCCCUUGGCAGGAAGUGCCCUUCUCCCAUAUCAUAUUUCAUCUACUGCGUGUCAGGCAAAGGCUCAUCUGUCAUCUGAUGAUAGUAAUUCAAGUGGUGAUUCUACCCAAGUGCAUAUUGCCACAAAAAACAGAGAAGAAGCAGCAGCUUGUCUCAGAAAUAUUUGUUUACCUUCAGAACACAAUCCAGGUAACCAGAAUGAUUUUAAACCAACUAAUGGUGAUCUUGAAAUGCAGAGUUCCUCAAAAUUACCAAGUGAUCCUGCAAUUAUUAGCCACUUUUCUGCAGCAAUGGUGCAUACGAUAGUAAAUGAAACUUUAGAGUCAAUGACAUCAUCGGAAGUUACAAAAAUGGUUGAUGAACGUACAGAUUAUUUAACUAAAUCAAUAAAGGGGAAAACCCCUCCAUUUUCCCACUGUGGUCAGGCAGUGCCGCAAUGCAGUGAAGCUAGUAGCAAUAAGGACAUGUUUGCUGACCAGUUAUCUAAAUCUAUUAUUAAACAUUCCAUAGAUAAGAGCAAAUCAGUGAUCCCAAAUAUAGAUAAAAAUGCAGUAUACAAGGAAAGCUUGCCUGUUUCUGGAGAAGAAUCACAGUUGACACCAGAAAAGUCUCCCAAAUUUCCUGGCUCUCACAAUCACUUAACUCACUGCUCACUUUCAGCUGGAAAGGAUUGUGUUCCAGAAUGUAAAGUUUCUAUGGUUCAUGGAUCCUCCCUAGAGACACUGCCAUCUUGUCCAGCUGUGACAGGUCAGAAAUCUGACUUGAAGGAACCUGCUAAGGAUCAACCACUGAAAAAGCAUAACUUGAAUAAUACAUCACUUGAGUCUUUGUCUUUUGGACAGGAAAACCCCUUUCCUCAUUCACAUACUUUCUCAUCUACAGCACUUACCUGUGUAGAUGGUUUGCAUGUGGAAGAUAAACAGAAAGUCAGAGAUGGAAAUGUAAUACCUGAUACUCCUCCAUCAACUCCUCUAGUACCAUCCCAGGCUAGUUCUGAAUGGGAUAUCAAGAAAUUAACAAAAAAGCUCAAAGGAGAAUUAGCCAAAGAGUUUGCACCUGCUACACCACCUUCUACUCCACACAACUCAUCUGUUGGUAGUUUGUCUGAGAAUGAACAAAAUACUAUAGAAAAAGAAGAGUUCAUGUUGAAACUCAUGCGAUCUCUUUCUGAAGAAGUUGAGAGUAGUGAAAAUGGAGAGCUCCCUGAAGUGGAUGUGAAGUCAGAGCACUCAGGGAAGAAGGUUCAGUUUGCAGAAGCAUUAGCUACACACAUCCUUUCUCUUGCAACUGAAAUGGCAGCUUCCCAUUUAGAUAAUAAAAUAAUUCAAGAACCCAAGGUUAAAAGCCCUUGCUUAAAUGUGCAAAGUCAGAGAAGUGUGUCACCUACUUUCUUAAACCCCUCAGAUGAAAAUUUGAAAACAUUGUGCAGUUUUGCAGGUGAUCUGGCAGCAGAAGUCAUUACAGAAGCUGAGAAAAUAGCAAAAGUUCGAAGUUGUAUGCUUUUCAAGCAAAAGAAGAACAGAUGUUAUGCUGAUGGUGACCAAGAUUAUAGAGUAGAAGAGAAGUUGGAUAUAGAGGCUGUAGCGCACCCAAGAGAAGUAGAUCCGUUUAUUCUUUCAUUACCACCAAGUUCUUGUAUGUCAGGUCUGACGUAUAAGUAUCCCAGCUGUGAAAGUGUGACAGACGAAUAUGCAGGUCACAUUAUUCAGAUACUAAAACAAGAAGGUGGUAAUAUUGAGUUGAUAAUGGAUCAGUAUGCCAAUAGACUUGCCUACCGAUCUGUUAAAUCAGGAUUACAGGAAGCAGCUAAGACAACCAAAGUGCAGUGCAAUUCAAGAAUGUUCCCUGUGCCAAGUUCACAAGUGAAAACAAACGAACUGUUAAUAUUUUCAAAUAAAGAGCACCACCAAGAAGCAGACAAAAAAAGACAAAGUAAAAGAAAUGAAGAUUACUUUUGUAAAAAUCAAACUUGCGAAAGGACCCUGGAUCCAUAUAGAAAUGAGUGCUCUGAACUGUGUAGUUUUUCAGCCUCUUUUGUUCACAGCAUAACAAAAGAUGCUAAAGAAGAGCUGACAGCCUCUCUAGUUGGCCUACCAAAAUCCUCAACAGAUUCUUGCUUGUUCCAAAAAUCCGGAUGUGAAGGAGAUAAAGAGUGUCAUGUUAAACCAGAAUUGCCUAAGUCUCUUCAGCCUUCCUCACAAAGUCACAGAUUUUACCACAGCACUGGCAGUUUAAAUGGAUAUGGUUGUGGAGACAGUAUUGUUCAAGCUGUAGAACAGUAUGCCAAAAAAGUAGUGGAUGACACUCUAGAGCUAACUCUAGGAUCUACAGUGUUACGAGUGUCUGAGACCACAAAAUCAGCAGACAGGGUCACUUAUGCAGAAAAGUUGUCACCUCUUACAGGUCAAGCUUGCAGAUAUUGUGACCUUAAAGAACUCCACAAUUGCACUGGAAAUUCAUCUCAGAACUUUUUCAGACAGGGUUCUCUCGCCAGUAGUAAGCCAGCUUCUAAUCCAAAAUUUAGCAGCCACUAUCAGAAAUCUAGGAUUUUUCAUCUCAAUGUCCCUCAGAUUCAUGUUAAUCUUGAUAAGAAGGCAGUGCUUGCUGAGAAGAUAGUUGCUGAAGCCAUUGAAAAAGCUGAGCAAGAGGUGAGCAGUGUCAGCCUGGCAGCCGACAGUGGGAUCGGACAGGAGGGUGCCAGCUUUGCUGAAAGCCUUGCCACAGAAAUCAUGACAGCAGCUGUCACAAAUGUUGGGCAUGCUGUUAGCAGUUCAAAAGAAAUAGAAGACUUUCAGUCAGCCGAGUCUGUCGGUAGCCAGCAGAUGAACCUCAGUAUUGGUGAUGACAGCACUGGUAGCUGGUCUAAUUUAAGUUUUGAAGAUGAACACCAAGAUGAAAGCAGCAGUUUUCAUCAUCUCAGUGAAAGUAAUGGUAACAGCAGUAGCUGGAGCAGUCUUGGUUUAGAAGGAGAUUUGUAUGAGGACAAUUUAUCCUUUCCAACAUCAGACAGUGAUGGACCAGAUGAUAAAGAUGAAGAGCAUGAGGACGAAGUAGAAGGUUUGGGGCAAGAUGGAAAGACACUGCUAAUUACGAAUAUUGACAUGGAGCCAUGCACGGUAGACCCCCAGCUAAGGAUUAUUCUUCAAUGGCUCAUUGCCUCUGAGGCUGAAGUUGCAGAACUUUAUUUUCAUGACUCUGCAAAUAAGGAGUUUAUGCUACUUUCAAAACAAUUACAAGAGAAAGGAUGGAAAGUGGGAGACCUCCUGCAGGGUGUGCUUCAGUACUAUGAAGUGAUGGAAAAAGCUUCCAGUGAGGAGAGAUGCAAGUCGCUGUUUGAUUGGCUCUUGGAAAAUGCAUAGAGCAAACCCCAAACCAGUAUAUUUUAGUAUUUGUUUGGGGAGGGGAACAAGCCAAUAAAGAUGUUUAGGAUAAAAUUUGAAUAGUGAAUAUUAACAUUGUCAGUCAGUUGGGAGGCAAGUAAAUAUAACUUUCUAAACGCUUUGGGUUAUCACUCGGUGUAUAUAGUUCAUACUUUUGUAAUCUGUCAAAAUACUAGCUUCAUUUAUUCUUCUAUACAUGUGUGUAUUGUGUCAAGACCCUAAGAACAUGUAUUUGAAGGAAGGUCUAACCAUGGGGUUUUCAGGGGCAUUGUCUGACCACAUUCUUUUUGUAUCCAAAUAGUGCUGCUAGAAACUGCACUGAAGUGGCUGGGGAUAGGUUCCAGUGAUAGAGUUAUAAUUUUGCUCCUUUGCAAACAAAUGGCAUCUAAUUAAUAACUAGUCUGACAUCAGAAAAUAAAAUUGAGGCAGAUUUUUGAUCUUUCCUGUUUUUAAAAAUCAGUUUCAUUUUCAUAUUUCAUAAUUCAGCUGUUGGUAGCUUUUUGAUUUCCCCAAACUAUUUAAUUUCUUAGCAGAAACAUUAGUAUUUUAGGUUUCUGUAAACACUAAGUGAUAGUUUGACCCAUCCUUUCAUCAGAUGACAUUAUUUGCCAAUGCUGCCAGUCAUUCUGGCAUGAAAGUGAUGUGUGUGUGUGUGUGUGUGUGUGUGUGUAAAGGAGUACUUUAACCUUGCCAGUUUGUUCCUUUUAUUUUACUGUUUUCUUUUUAGAAACCCACUGUUAAGAUUUAAAAAGGUGCUUUAAAAUAAAACGCCUAUAAAGAUUGUGCAGUAAGAAUUUUUAUUCCUCUUUUUGAUGAUUUUGGGUUCCCAACUUAUCUUACAAGUGAAAAAUUAUAAAAGAUGUUGAAAAUUUAAAAAUUAAUAUUAAUAUGGAAAUGCAUUUAGAGAAGCCAAUAGCUUUUAUUGUUGGAUUUUUGAAAAAAAACUCUCUACCAAGAAUAUGGUUGAAAAAUUGGGAUCCCCCCACCCCCCCCACCAUAUCUACACCGUUUUGUCAAGUUCUCUGACAUGAUCUUUCUGGUCUCUACAUUUCCUACUAGUUUGUGUCCAGAAACUGCAAGUUGACAUGAAUAGAGGACCAAGGUUGUGUUUUGCUUUUGUCUGUCUCUCCCCUCCUCCCGCCCUCUGCCCUCUCCCCUACUCUCUGCCCUCUCCCCCAACUCUCACCUCCCCCCCCCACUCUCUCACCUCCCCACCACCACUCUCUCUCACCUCCCGCUGUGUCCUGUGUAUGUGUGGAUGUGUGUGUAUUUGGGUGUGUAAAUGUUGGUUCUUCCACUACUGGAUUUUGUAAUCUAGGAUAAAUCACUUUUUGUGGGGGCUUUGGUUUUGCUCCAUUACAUUUUCAUUUUUUUCUGAGCACUGACUGACCUGAAAGCUGCACAAAAUGUAGAAGACAUAGCACCUGCCAAGGAAUAGGGAAUAAGGGCACUUACAUUAAUGUGAAUUAGUAAUUGUGGUAUAGAAAUGUUUUAUAGUGAAAGAUUUAAAUUUGCUUUUUAAGAAAAAUGCCAAAAGCUAUUUAAAUAACUUGAGGUAACAUUGUAAGUUUUGAUUUUUCUCAAUUUAAGAUACAGAAAUACAGCAAGCCUUAAUAUAAAGUUUCCUGAAGUUUUUUUCAAGUAUUUUUUAAGGUGGAGAAAUGCAGGAAUUGUAUAACCAGAAUUGUUUCUGCCUUUAGCUUUUCAGAACUUGAGAUGUGGCUGCACUGGACUGGGUUUGUAAAUGUUAGGACUAGGAAUGUUUGCUCUUGUUAAUUAUGAAUUAAUUGGUUAUUAAGUUUAGAAUGCAUUUUUACAAGUAUCUAUCAAAUUGUGUUUAGUAACUUGAGUGUAUGCACAGGUUUGAUCAACAGCAAAAUAGAGUUCUAAAUUUCUUUCAAAGUGACAAUACAUUAUUUUGUAAAACUUUGUGUUUGAAAAUGUUUACUUCUGUUUAUGGUGUAAUCAUUCUGAGGUGAGACUUUUCUUAUUCUCAUUUCCUUUGCAUUUUGCUAGAGCUGUGGUGAGUUCAGCAUUUGCUUAUUUAACCACUACAAAAUGACAGACCAGUUAUUAGGUAUCAGCAUGUGUGGUAAUAAUAAUAGUGGAACUUCACACUUACAUCAAUUCAGUGCAGGGGCAUAGAGUAAAAUAUUAAAUAUUGGCAGAUGUGAAAAGAAGUGUGAGUUAAAAAUAUUAAAUAUUGGCAAGUGCGAAAAGAAGUGUCAAACUUCCUCAUAUAGAGAAAAGAAUUUUGAGUUUAGAGCAGUAUCUUUUAAUUAAGUAUAGUCUAAACUUAACUUUCUUUAAAGGCACUUUGUGGUUUUUCCAAAGAUAUUCUAGAUCUAUUUGGUUGCUCUAUAGUCAAACAGUUCUUUUGAAGACAACUCUCUUAUUUUAUUACAAAUUGGCUUGAUGUAUUUCUAUUGUAACAUUGUAAUAUUGCUGUGCUGUACAUUUUGGCCCUUAUGAAAUAUAUCUUUUUCAGAACCGUUAAAGUUUUGAUGUACAUUGAGCUGAAUUCUCCGUUUACCAGUUUCAUAACCUUCAAAUGAUAUGUGGAAAAAAGUGAAUGAGACCUCUGAUAGGGGGUUUUCAGAACCUUGUUCACACCAAAAUGUGACAGUUCUUUCAUGUUUUCCUAAACCAAGUUAAAAUUACAUGUAUAUUUUGGUGUUAAGGUUGAUAUUUAAAAUAUUUCUGAUUUAUACAAAAGGAAUGUUUCCUUUAUAAAUCACAGAAGAAAAUAACAAUAUCUGUUGGAUGUUUGAUAUAAUUUAAUGGCAUUAUAAAACCUUUAAGAGGAUUCAUGGUGAAUAUAUGUGAUAACAUCUUUAUACUUUGAAAAAUGUUCCACUUCCCCUUCAGAUAUUUGUUGUAAGUUAAUUCAAAUCUUAAUACUUUAAUUUUGCUCCAACAAGGGCUUGAUGUUGCUGGUAAGAGAAUUUACUUAUAAAUGCACUAUGUAUAAAGUGAAAGAUAGUUUACUUAUCUGACUUUGAUAUUAGAAGGCUGACAUUAGUGCACAUUCCCCAAAUGCAGAGUUUAACCUUGAUUCUUCAUUUAAAUGUCUACUUAAUUAUUUAGCUGAUAUUCUUCCACAAUUACUAUAUUCAAUUUCCCAUCAGUAUAUCACUUUAAAUUUUAUGUUUUUCUAAGGAAACUUUCCACAGAAUUUUAAACAACUGAUGCAUCCAUACUCAGGGUGUAGGGAGAAUACUUGGCAUUUAAAUACCCUGUCCACCUGUCACCAGCACAAGAGAAUUAGAGCUUCAGUGAGAAUUUAGAAAAAUUAUACUAAAGUGAGAUGAAUUUUUUCUCAUUUUCAGCAAAACUCCUCUAAGCAUUUACUCAUUUACUGUAUUCCUGCUCUGAAGAUGUGGAUACAGAAUUAGUCACUCUUGUCACUUUAUUUAUUUAUUGGUUUUUUUUAACCAUCUGUGUACAUUCCUUUCAUAGGGUAGAGUUGUAGUUCUAGAGGUUCUUAUUUUGUUUUUGUUGUAAUGUUUGAAUACUAUUUAAUAUCUGGUUUUAAUAUUGCUGGAUUUGCUACCUUUGGUUACUUGUGCAGUGUUAAAAGUAAUCCACUUUCUUGUUUAAUAUACCAGAUACAUAGCAAAAGCAGCUUGGAAUAAUUAUAGCUGUUUAUUUGGCUGUGCUCAGUUACUACAUUAAGAUCUUGUACUGUGUAACAGUAACUCUUUUUUGCUCUUCAGUAAUUUAAUAUGUUCACUUAACAAAACACGAACUUUGAGAUGCACUAAAAUUUUGUUUUAGCAGUGGCUCAAAAAAUUUCAGAAAUUACUUUUGUAAUUAUUUGCAAUUAAUUGUUCUUUUAUCUUACAAUUGUUUAAGCCUGUGAUCUUUCUUCUCCCAACUAAGAGUUCUUCAAUAAAUUUAAGAAAUACCUGG